AUUAGUGAUGUUUGUAAAUUUAUUUUCUAUCCUUCUAAUUUGUAAAUCAUUAAACAUUUAAUCGUAUGAAUUUUGAUGAUUCUCUGGAGUAAAAGGCUUACUUUGUGUGUCACUAAAAAUGGUACUGAAACAUGUAGGAAGCAUGGACUGUAUAAAUUUGUAAAAAUGGCAACAAUAGAAAUGAACUGAUUUAAAUAGAACCUGCAAUCUAUUUUGGAUAUCCAAAAGGAAAAAGAACUUUUGAAAUUACUAAGCUAAAUGUGGAAAUGUGUUUUGCAUGGCUUCAUAUGUAUAAUGGAUAUUAUAAUUCUUGCAUUUUCAGUGGGUAUGAGAGUAGGUGAAAGGAGGAAGAGAAUUUGGAACUUAAAAAAAAAAGAAAUUACUAAGCUAACUAAUCACCACCCAUUUUGUCAAUAGUGAGUCUUGCUCUAUAAAAGACAUCAGUCUCCCAGCUUGCACACAUUAUCAACCAAACCUGUUUCUGGAAAGAAGGGAAGUCAAGAGUAUAGAGAAUAUGUCAGAACUGGAAACAGCCAUGGCAAUGCUCAUUGAUGUCUUUGACCGGUAUGCAGGAUCUGAAGGCAACAAGGAGACUCUGACUAAAGGGGAACUAAAGACCCUGAUAGAAAAAGAGUUCCCAAACUUUGUUAAGACUGGGCAGAAUAAUGAUGCAGUUGAGAAACUGUUCAAGAACCUGGAUGACAAUGGGGAUUCUCAAGUGGACUUCAAUGAAUUCAUCAUCUUCGUGGCUGCCCUGACUUCUGCCUGUCAUCAGGGCUGUCACAAAAAAGGACCUAAAUGAUUUUACAUCAGCCAACCACAGAUGACAGAAUCUUUCUGAUAGAAAUAUUGUGCUAUUUAGAAUUAAAAGGCUUUGUUUGACAAGUCCCCAUUUUCCUUGUUUUCUGUAUUUCCAUUCUGCUGGAUGACAGACAGUUCAAUGCUUUUAGUUUUAUUAAUAGCAUGUUCAUAUUAAUUC